CGUGUCCCGGCGGAGGCGGGCGCCCGGUGCCGGGCGGAGCGCGGGCGGCCGGCGGGCUGCCUGAGUCGCUGCUGCCCGGCGCCCAGCGGGGACGCCAUGGGUUGGCUGCCGGCGCAGGGCCGUCUGGCGGCGGGUCUGCUGGUGAACCUGGCCGCCUCCAUCUGCAUCGUGUUCCUGAACAAGUGGCUGUACGUGCGGCUGGGCUUUCCCAACCUCAGCCUCACCCUGGUGCACUUCGCUAUCACCUGGCUCGGCCUUUACCUGUGCCAAGCGCUCGGCGCCUUCUCCCCUAAGAGCCUGCAGCCCUCGCAGGUGCUGCCUUUGGCCCUCAGCUUCUGCGGCUUCGUCGUCUUCACCAACCUCUCCCUGCAGAGCAACACUAUCGGUACCUACCAGCUGGCCAAGGCCAUGACCACGCCGGUCAUCGUGGUCAUACAGACCUUGGCUUACGGCAAGACCUUUCCUCUCCGUAUCAAGCUCACCUUGGUCCCCAUCACGCUGGGCGUCUUCCUCAACUCCUACUACGACGUGAAGUUCAACGUCCUCGGGAUGGCGUUCGCCACCAUGGGCGUCCUGGUGACCUCCCUCUACCAAGUGUGGGUAGGAGCUAAACAGCACGAGUUGCAGGUAAACUCUAUGCAGUUGCUGUACUAUCAGGCACCAAUGUCCUCAGCUAUGUUGUUGUUCAUCAUACCCUUCUUUGAGCCAGUCUUUGGCGAAGGGGGAAUAUUUGGGCCCUGGACGCUUUCUGCUGUGAUAAUGGUACUGCUGUCUGGAGUAAUAGCCUUUAUGGUAAACUUGUCUAUUUACUGGAUCAUUGGAAAUACGUCACCUGUCACGUAUAACAUGUUUGGACAUUUCAAGUUCUGCAUCACCCUCCUGGGAGGGUGCCUCUUAUUUAAGGAUCCACUGUCUGUUAAUCAAGGCCUUGGGAUUCUGUGCACGUUGUUGGGCAUUUUAGCUUACACCCACUUCAAGCUCAGCGAGCAGGAAAGCAGUAAGAGUAAAUUGGCUCAGCGUCCAUAAAGCAAGGGCUUCUGGAGCUUAAUAAUGUUGUGAAGGAGGACACGUAUUUAAGUAUGCAUUGAUUCCAGAGUGUGGAAAAGAUGCCUUGUUUGUGUGCAUCUGUGGUUUUAGUUUAACCACCAGGAUCGUUCCGUAACAAACCCAAAGUGAAUUCUGUAAAAUGCUGGGGUUUGCCACCUCGGUCCAUCCUGUCAUUUUCAUUCAAUUAAAAUGCUAAAAGAGAAAAAGGCACACUUCAAAUUGCUGUGGAAAUUGUACUGAGCUAAUUAUAUUUUUUGCAUACCAAAUGAGAUCAUGACGUCUACAGUUGUAAUACAGAGGGAGGAAAAAAAAGGAAUCCUGUCUUUGUGAUCGUGCCAGUAUUGCUGUUGUGAAGAGACU